UCCACCAAUACAUGAUACCGUAUUUACGAGUUAAUAUCGUGUACCGCCACUGCCACAGUCGUGACUUCUCUAUCGUUUCCAGCCAGAUUGUGCUUUGGCCUUGAAGUGCGUUGUCACAUGAAUGACACAUAACAGCGGAAGACAGUGGAGGGGAAGCCAGAAAGCGCUAUGCGUCUGCAGUUGACGGUCUCAGUGCGUGCUUGGUUUUCUCGCGAAUCUUGGUGUCCAGGUGCCCAUGGAGGAGAAAGCCUCCACAUUGCCUUUUUUCACCGUUCGUCCUUCUAAUCUCCCAGUGACACCCGGCGAUGGCUACGCCAGCCAAUUCGAUAUCUCUCGAAAGAAUAUCAUCGCCCUAGCCAGCACAGUCAGUUUAAUCCGAACUCAAAAUCCCGUCGUCGCAUCCUCCGACGGAUUCCCGAAAGCGCACGUUAGCGGCUUGAAUACCGAUCGUCGAGGGACGAAACGAACAGUGGAUGAUCAAGAGAAAAACGGCAGAAAUGACUCUCACCCGGACGAGCACGAUGACCACGUGGAGAAGGAGAACCUGGCUGACAGUGCAGCGGGCAUUGUGUCCACGGUGUAUCUGUGUGAUGUGGAGAAUGUAUGGCGGCCGUUUGAGAUUUUCCGUUUCUCCGGACGACCGUCAGUGGUGCGCUGGAGCAACAGCGCAUCCACGAUCCUCGUGUGCAGUGAGCGAGGAAUUUUCUACAUUUUAACCAACCGCACUGGCGCCAUGAACGCCUGGCAUCUGCUGCAUCGAGGCAAUUUGAAUACAGAGGAUAAAAUCAUCCACGUGGCGUGGCUAAAACAGCUGAUUCACUUUUCCUCGGAAACUGAACCUCCCACCGAUGGCAUUAUGGAAACCCCGGAAAAACCACCGGCAUCCUGGACGGCGGUGUCGAGCAAUCAGGACAGUGAGGAUUAUCUUGAUGGAUUUUUUUGUGUAACGCACAGCGGGAAAAUUGUUUUUGUGACAGUUCAGGGCAAAAUGUUUCCUGGUGGAAAGACGAAAUGUAGUGUCACAUCGGUGGACAUCCCCGGAGAUAUCCGUGAAUUUUCUAUGGCCGAUUCCGUCUUCGACCCGGACGAUCAUCGUUUCAUUCUGACGGUGGGUCAUCCAGCAUUGUCGGAAAUUAUUUGCUUAAAGAUCGGUUUAUCGGAGGAAAGUGUAUCGCCGCUGCGUUCGCCAUCCGCCCUGAUUGAUAAUCUGGUGAAUAUUCCGUUGAAGCGGAAAAUCAGCCAGCUGUCGUGGCUGAGUGGCUGUGGUCAGAAAGAGCAUUUUUUGGCGGUGGCUACCGUUAAUGACGACGAGGAAAGCCCCGCUGUUCUGGAAAUUUGGGCGCUUAGUCUCGUUAUGCAGGAUGAUUUUUUAUUAUCGCUCGAUGCGGAAGUCAUUGAGCCGACGGCGGUGAAACUGUUCUGGACCUGUCAGGCGGAGAAAGCCGUCCCGUUUGAAAUUGUCAGUAUUGUCCAGUCAGUACAGUGUUUCUAUUCGUCGGAUAUCCCGCGGCAGGGAACGAUGGCGCUGCAGGGCCGUAAUCAUGCCAUCAGUCUGCUGAACGUUAAACUGGAUAUGGAAAUCUCUUUUUCAGAUUUAUGCCACUUCCACUUGAACCCACCAAAACCGGAUGUGGCCGCACACAGCCCGGUGUGUUUCAGUGCCAAUGGUUUCUUGUUAUUGUGUGGCAGUGCAGACAGCCGUCUCGUUGCGUGGCGUGUUCCGCAAGAGUUUUGGUCAUUUUUAACGAACGACGAUCCAACGCGAUUGCUGCUGAACACCAGUGGGGACUUUUGUGACUUUCUCGCAGUUAUGGAGCCGUCGAAUGUGUCCGCCGAAUUGGAAUUAUUAGAAAGUACUUACCGCACAAUAUCGGCCUUGCAGAAGCAGACGUCGCGAUUGCGCUACUACCGGUUGCGUGCGGGAUUAACGGAGAAACUGGCUGGCAAAGAAUCAGGUUUUAUAGUAUUAUUAACCGUGUAUUUCGACUCCUUUUUAUCGUAUCUUGAACAGUUUCUGACGCCCGACGAUGCAUCGUUAACUUCCAUUUUCCACAUCAGUGAGCUGAUGGCCAUCUUGGAGCAGGCGGAUGCUACUUUGGACGCCGUGGUCAGCGUGGUUGACCGGCAGGUGGCCUUCGAUAAGACAGCUCUCUGCCAUGUGCAAACCGGUUUCCACCAAGUACUGGUCGUGACGUUUGAUUUUCUAAUGUUGUGCGUUAAACAUCAGCACGUGCUGAUGCAUGCCGGCGAAGCAUUGACCAAGGUGCGCUUAAUUCUGGCCACCUUGGCGGCGUGGAUCGGAAGCCAGGGUUUUUUUAAGCAGUUAUGGCGCCGUCCAGCUUUGUAUCCCGCUGCGUUGAAUAUUUUGGAUAUUAUGUUCUCUGCCACAGCUGUCCUGCUGACAGGAACACCGGAAAAAAACCUUUACGGAGAUUUGAUGCGUGUACUGGAAGAAAUUAAUGUGGAGGACGAUGCCUAUGGUAGAAACUGGAAGGAGCUGUAUAUACGUGCGCAGAGUCGCAUAAGUGUGGAACAGUCAGAGCAGAUGAGAUAUAUUUACAAUCUUCGCUUCCCGUAUGCCAUUCAUGCUUCUCCCGAAAUGGAGAAAAAUGGCAACAACAAGGAAGCGAAGUCUGAUGAUGCGGAAAUUCUGAUGAGAAAGCCUGGACGCCGAAAGUUCUGCUCGCGGUGUUAUUUCAAUUUUCCUUGGCGGCUUAAAACGAAUUCGGCUGGCUCAUGGACCAGUCAUAUUCAACAGCGCUGGACUGAGUGUUUCUGUGGUGGUCAGUGGAUUUUCUUGGAGUGAAAGAAUCUUUUUCAGACAGAAAUUUUAACGGUUUUUAUUUGCACAUUCGAGUGUAUUUUGAUGUGAAUGCUCGGCAUUUUCUUAUCUACCUCGGUGAAUUACCUGUCGGUGUUUUUAAGCUUUUGAACUUUUUGUGUUAUUUAAUUUUUAAACCAGAGUGCAGUAUCAAUCAGAAAGUAAGAAUAUAUUGUUACUUUUAUUUAAUGAAUCCCCCUGAACGCCUUAUGAGAUCCCGAUAAAACAUUAUUUA